GCCUCCACUUCUGACUACAAGUGGCCGGGAAUUGAAGCCGUUAUGGAAGCGUAUGACACAUAUUCUUGUGAACGAAAACAAGAGAAAGAUUUUCUCUUUGAGAGAAGUAAUGAACUGAAGAAUAAAUUGCAAAACAUUAACAAAAAGGCCGAACAUUUAGGACAACAAAUGGCCUCGAUUCGCUGUUUUUCGAUAAGAAGUCACACAAACCAACGAUUGGAUCAAAUACUUAGGACUGGAGUCCGCGACAAGACCUCGAAGACAACGCCGCCGACCAAAGCGAAAGAGUUGGACGAUUGGCAGCAAAUGAAACAAUUGUCGUUAACCAAGAAAUUAAAGUUCAUGUUUGUUAAGUACUGGUAUAUAUCAAUACCCGUUCACGUCAUCACUAGUGGUCUCUGGUUUGGCGCUUCAUAUCUGGUCGCCAAGAGUGGUUUUGAUGUGAAGAGUAUAUUGGAUGUGAUUAAGCCGUACGCCGAGAAACUACCACUUCCUGAGUUCAUCAUCAAUAUCUUGAACAGCGAUACGAACGCCGGAUCUGCCGGUUAUGUGGCGCUAGCGUUGAUCCUUUACAAGUUGGCCUCUCCCGCCAGAUAUGCCACAACUGUUGGCGUCUCCUUCUACUCCAUCGAGUUCUUCGUCAAGAGAGGCCUUAUAAAACCGGUUCCAUCGGUUCCAGCGAUCAAAGCUCAGAUC